AUGCUGUUUCCUGCUCACCAUCCCUUAAAAUUUUUUUUACUCGGAAUUUUUACCGUCUCCAUUUGCUUCGCCGUCGGGUUGACGUGUGCCUACACCAGCGGAAAAGUAAUUCUGGAGUCGGUGAUCCUCACGGCGGUAGUGGUUGUGAGCCUCACCCUGUACACCUUCUGCACGGCUUUCAGAGGCCACGAUUUCAGCUUCCUUGGACCAUUUCUAUUCUCCGCCAUCAUCAUACUGAUGCUCUUUGCUCUCAUCCAGGUGAUAUUCCACUUGGGAAAGAUAUCGACUAUGAUUUAUGGAGCUAUCGCCGCAAUUAUAUUCUGUGGAUACAUAAUCUAUGACAUAGAUAACCUGAUCAAACGCUACUCCUACGAUGAGUACAUUUGGGCAGCGGUGGCGCUGUACUUGGACAUCAUCAACUUGUUCUUGUGUCUGCUUACUUUGUUCACAGCAUUUGAAAGUUAA